AUGACCAGCGUAGUGGGCCAUCUAACUGGCCUGGACUUUGAUCGCCAGUACAAAGGCUGGCAGUCAUGUCCUCCAGGGGUACUAUUUGAGGCUCCUGUGCAAGAGACUGUUGAUAAGGACAAGCUACCAAUUGCGGAUAAUAUCCGGGACCAAGCCAAGUAUUCCAAAGCCCUAUUUAUUUGGACUGAUUGUGAUCGCGAAGGCGAGCAUAUUGGUUCUGAGGUCCGUAACCAGGCAAAAGCAGGAAAUGCUCGGAUCGAAGUUAAGCGAGCCAAGUUCAGCAACACAGAAAGCGCACAUGUUCGUCGGGCUGCUCUAGAGCCAGUCAAUCUCGACGAAUAUCAGGCUAGUGCUGUAGCCGCUCGAAUCGAGCUGGAUCUUCGAAUCGGCGCUGCAUUCACCCGCCUACAGACUCUACAACUACAAACAGUGGUGGCAGCCUUGAAGGAAAAAAUCAUUAGCUAUGGAUUCGUUGUCGACCGAUACUUGAGAGUCAAAAAUUUCAAACCAGAAACAUUUUGGGGCAUCAAGGUCAUACUCAGCCGUGAAGGCAAGAAGGUCAACUUUCUCUGGAAGCGGGUACAUCUAUUUGAUCGAGCAGUCGUGACAAUGAUGUUAGAGCGGUGUUUGGUUGCAAAACAAGCCAAAGUCACAAAAGUGAACCAGAAGCCUACAAGCAAAUGGCGACCGUUGCCCUUGACCACGGUAGACCUACAGAUGAUGGGCAGUCGAUUUCUUCGUUUGGACAGUCAGACUAUCAUGAAGGUAGCAGAAGGACUUUACACUAAGGGGUUCAUCAGCUAUCCCAGAACCGAAACAGACCAGUUUGACAAAGCAAUCGACCUGAAGAAAUUGAUCGAAAAGCAAUACCCCGACAACUCAUGGGGCCAAUACGCUCGAGAACUUAUUGAUGGCAAGUUCAGGACUCCCCGCUCUGGCCGCCACAAUGACAAGGCCCAUCCACCCAUUCAUCCUGUCAGUUGGGUCUCACCAAAUUCAUUGAAUGCCAAUGAAAAGAAGGUCUAUGAAUUUGUUGCUCGUCGAUUCCUCGCCUGCUGUUCUGAUGAUGCGAAGGGCCAAAGCACAGCGAUUGAGAUUCAAUAUGGUGACGAAUCCUUCCAUGCCAAUGGUCUUGUCGUGUUGGAGAGAAAUUACUUGGAUGUAUACGUCUACGAUAAGUGGGAAAGCAGUCAGCAACUUCCCAAGUUUGAGAUUGGGGAGCUCUUUGAGCCCACAGAAGCCAAUAUUUUCGAAGGCAAAACAACUGCUCCGAACUAUCUGACUGAGCCCGAGCUUAUUGGCCUGAUGGAUGCCAACGGGAUUGGUACAGAUGCCACGAUGGCGGAGCACAUUGCCAAAAUCAAAGAACGUGAAUACGUCGCCAUAAACCAACGAGGCAGUGGCCGCAGCUCAGUGCAAGAGUUUAUUCCAACCCGUUUAGGUGUUGCCCUUGUGGAAGGGUAUGACAAUGUUGUUGAGGGUCUCCCUAACAGUGUGUCUCUCAGCAAGCCGUUCCUUCGCAAGGAAAUGGAAUUGAACAUGCUGCAGAUCUGCUCAGGCACCAAGACUCGACAGGAGGUCGUCCAGCAGAGUCUAGACAUGUACCGAGAAGUCUUCAUUCAUACACAGAGGCGCAUCAACAUGCUAAAAUCUGCCUGUCGCAAGUAUCUUGUUGAAGAAAAUGCAUCAUGA